CAUCCUCUUCUUCUCUCUGUACUUCUCUGUAAUCAGGUUACCAUGGCGAAGUCCUCGGCAGCUCUCAAAUCCUGUUUCAUUUUACUGGUUAUGGUGGUCUUUGGGAUUAUCGUCAAUGGUAGUCAAGCUACUAGAUGGGAGUCAACGAUUAAAAUGCCAACUGAGAAAGAAGAUGACGAGGAAAUUGGCACAAGAUGGGCUGUUCUUGUAGCUGGUUCUCAAGGUUAUGGAAACUACCGUCACCAGGCAGAUGUUUGUCAUGCUUAUCAACUGUUGAGAAAAGGAGGAUUAAAGGAAGAGAAUAUAGUUGUGUUCAUGUAUGAUGAUAUUGCAACUAGUGAUUUAAAUCCUAAGCCUGGAGUUAUCAUUAAUCAUCCAGAAGGUCAAGAUGUUUAUGCUGGGGUCCCUAAGGAUUACACUGGGGAGCAUGUUACUGCCAAAAACUUGUAUGCAGUUCUUCUUGGUGACAAAGAUGCUGUGCAAGGUGGAAGCGGGAAAGUAAUCGACAGCAAACCCGAUGAUAGGAUAUUUUUAUACUAUGCGGAUCAUGGAGGCCCUGGAGUACUUGGAAUGCCCAAUAUGCCUUUCCUGUAUGCCGCUGAUUUCAUUGAAGUCUUGAAGAAGAAACAUGCAGCUGGUAGCUACAAAGAGAUGGUUAUGUACAUAGAGGCAUGUGAGAGUGGGAGUAUUUUUGAAGGUUUGAUGCCAGAAGAUCUCAACAUCUAUGUGACAACAGCAUCAAAUGCUGAGGAGAGCAGUUGGGGAACAUAUUGUCCAGGGAUGGACCCCCCUCCACCUCCUGAGUACAUUACUUGCUUGGGAGACCUGUACAGCAUUGCGUGGAUGGAGGACAGUGAGACGCACAAUCUAAAGAAGGAAACCAUAAAAGAACAGUAUGAGUCGGUUAAAUAUCGAACUUCUAACUACAACACGUUUGCUGCUGGAUCUCAUGUGAUGGAGUAUGGAAACAGAAGCAUCAAAGCCGAGACACUGUAUUUGUAUCAAGGCUUUGAUCCUGCCACUGCAACCUUGAACCAGAACAACAUUGGUGGAAAGCGCCGUCUGGAAGUUGUGAAUCAAAGAGAUGCCGACCUUCUGUUCUUGUGGCAUAGGUACAAUCAACUAAAAAAUGACGAGUCGGGCAAGAAAGAAGAAACUCUCGAUCAAAUCAAAGAAAUGAUGACACACAGAACUCAUCUAGAUACUAGCAUUCGGUUAAUAGGCGACCUUCUUUUUGGGCCACGUAAAGGUUCUUCUACCCUUUCAGUUGUAAGGUCAGCUGGUAUGCCUUUGGUGGACGAUUGGGGAUGCCUGAAGGCCAUGGUUCGGGUAUUUGAAUCUCAUUGUGGGUCACUGACUCAGUACGGCAUGAAACACAUGCGAGCUUUUGCGAACAUCUGCAACAGUGGGAUCGCUGUGGACACAAUGAAGGAAGCUUCCAUGGCUGUUUGCAACAGAAAUGAUCUGAAGCUACAGAUUCCAUCAAGCGGAGGUUACAGUGCUUGAGAAGUUGAAAAAUUGGAAUACCAACCCCAUUUGUACAAAAAUGUCAGGUCAGCCUAAGUAGUUAUGUUUGCAUUAAGAUGUUUGUUCUAAGCGUUCGUAGGAUUAUGUUGUGUUAGUUAAUAUAAGCGCAUUAGCAUUAGAGUCGGUAUAAUCUUAAUCCAGAUAUUAUGUAUUGUACGAGAAAGCCAUAUGAAAUCAAAAAUAAGAAAUCUAAAGUGUCUGCUUUUGUUAAGCAGAUCUAAUUAGUGCUUUCAA